AAUCCGGGUCGCAAACUACACAGGAAUACUCUAGACGUUCGUUCAUUCCUUUGAAUCGCAAUAUCUAGAGACUUUCUUGCCAGGACCCCAGUCAAUCUUUUGUGCGUCAGUUUUCCAGAAACAACCAACCUCGACACUCUUUUCGUCGCUCAUUAACCCCACAAUCUCGAUAUCCAGCACCCCCUUCAACACAACCACCGCAGUCAUGUUCAAGCGCUCGUUCCGAACAAACGAUCGCGUGGAGAAGCCUGUCAAGCUGAAGAAGUCGUAUCGGGAUCCCACGAAGUUGGCGAAGUUGCAGAAGUCGUUCGAUCAGAGCCCGCCAGUCGGGAGUACUCUGACCUCGCCGAUUGUGACCUUCACUAUUGGCAAGGAAGGACGGUUAUUUGCAGCGCACGAGGAUGUCCUUACAAUGUCGCCGUUCUUUGCGGCGGCCUGUAGGGGUCAGUUCCUCGAGGCAGGGAGCAAGAGGAUCGAUCUUCCAGACGAGGAACCUGAGAUCUUCUCAUGUGUUCUCGAGUAUCUAUACGUAUGUGUACCACAAUUUUCGGUCUCUUGACAUCUGCCCAGUUGCGCUGGCGAUUGAUCUCAAUCUGCGCAUUUGCUUACCUUCUCUCCAGAAGGGCGAUUACUACCCCCGCUUGCUCCACAACAAGCGCAGAAACUCUUGGGAGCUCGAGGAUGCGGUGUCAUCACCAAACCCAGAAAACCCUGGUGGUCGCGGAUCCGUCGAGGCUACAACCUACAUCUCCAGCGUGCGCGAACACCUCUUGAAGGAUACCGUUAUAUACUGUGCAGCGGAGAAGUACGGCCUGGAGGAACUCAAGCGCCUUGCCCUCAAAAAGCAGGGUCUGCAGAGCGGUAUCGAGGUCGCUACCAUCCUUCGCUCUGCGCGGUAUGCGUAUGACAACACGCCGGACACGGACUCACGGCUUCGCGCUCAUUAUCUCGCCUUGAUCAUCAGAUGUCGCAAGACAUUUAAGAGGAGCGGAACCAUGCAGACAGAAAUGGAGAGUGGCGGUAAACUUUUCUUUGACCUCUUCGUCGCACUAUGCAACCAUGUCGAUGACAUUGUGGAGAUGGGGAAUGCCAAAUCUCCCAAGACUAUCUAAAGUUGCAUAUGUGAUGUACGAUUGGGUACCAUAGCUCGGAGUUACAUUUCCAAAUUGGCCUCGAGGACGAUUGUCUAUCUCCAUCAGAUUGGACCAUAUGGAACAUUACGGGCGGCAAGCUCGCUCACAAUUUUCCCUUCAACAACAUGAGGUUUGGCCACCUUCCGAUGAACCUACCAAGCGUUCUCAACUCUACUUUUCUAAUACCCCCUCGCGCUUUGCUGUUUUGGAAAUUGAACUAUCACCACUACGGACGGAAAGGAUUUGCGUUUGCUUUUUAGUACCCUUGUAUCUCUCUGCGCCAUGUAUAUGUAUGUAUCCUGCGGGUAUAGCAUGUUCUGGCGAGGGAACGAGGUGCUAUCCACGGUCGGGCGACCACUUCGCACCACUCUUCUCCUAUUUCUGUUGGGAUGUAUGGGGAUGCUAUUGCUGAUGUUGUUCAUGUCUUGAUGAUGUGAAUGGGACUGUCCCUAGUGGAUGAGCCAGACGAGGCCCUUGUCAUGGCAGAUAAUGAGAGAUUCGGCCACCUCAAACCUUGUG